AUGUCCUCAGAUGCCGAAACAGCGAGUUAUAUUCUCAGUCUCGGAGACCAACUGUAUAAAACUUUCGGUUUUUUCAUAAUUGUAAUAUGUACAAUUGGAAAUUUAUGCAAUUGUUUUGUAUUUCUUUUCAUUUCGCCGUUGAACAAACAUCCUAAUGCACUGUUUUUAGUUGGUGCAGCAAUCGGCAGUUUAUUAUUUAUAAACGUUGGUCUAUGGACAAAUAUGAUUCGAAUUUUUACUGGAUUUGAUCUAGUGAAUCGAUUAUUAUUUUUUUGUAAAAUAACUACUUGGUUAACAUAUGCUGGCGGUUGUUUUAGUUUCAUGUGUUACUGUUUUGCAGGAUUGUGUCAAUUUGUAAUAUUAUCACCGAAUCCAAAUUGGCAAAGAUUACUAACAAGAACAAGAGCUAAAUCGAUUAUCAUAUCUACAGCGACGAUUUAUAUUUUAAUAUUUAGUCCAUUGUUAAUAUCCAACACGAUUUAUGAAAUUACACCGACGAUAUCUGUUUGCAAAGGUUCAAUUCGAAUUAUCAAUGUAUAUACAAGUUAUUGCGCAAUAGUGGGUUAUUAUUUUCUGCCAGCUUUAUUGACAUUAGUCUUAUUUGGUUUGACAUGGUAUAAUUUUCAACAAUUUUUACGACGCCAACUGAGUAUCGAAGGUGUUGUUACUCGUAUGAUGCUCAUACAAAUGAGUAGUAUAUUGUUGNAGAAAACCUAUUGA